AGCUAAUAAAACAUUUUCUCCUCUCCUUGAAGCAGCAGCCUUUUAGGACAUCUCCUUUAUGUCAGAGACACUUGCCUUGCUUCUUUGGGUUAUAAACUUUUGAUGCCAGACUCUGCAGAACGUGCCCAACUGAAUCUUAAAGUAGCAUCUUGAAGAGAGAGGCAGAGAAAGAGCAAUCUGUGACCUUCAUCCCUGCACCUUCCUUCUUCCUCUCCCUUCCCGGCUGCUUCCCCCCUCCCCAGGGGAGCGUCAAGAAAGCUCUUUUUGGAUGCAGGAGGGGGCAUCUGGUUCUGCUAGGCUGGAAAGCUGAGGCAGGAUUUGAGGAAGAAUCAUUAGGCUCCGGAGAGCCUGGACUCUUUUCUCCUCCUUCCCCCUGCUUCUGGCUUGCUCCAUCCCUUUCCCGUCUCCCCACACCACAACCCGAGACCCGCUGGUGUGCGGGGCGGGGGACGAGGACCGCGCCGCUGCCGGAGUUCUGGGAAGUUGUGGCUGUCGAGGAUGGGGGUCUGUGGGUACCUGUUCCUGCCCUGGAAGUGCCUCGUGGUCGUGUCUCUCAGGCUGCUGUUCCUUGUACCCACAGGAGUGCCCGUGCGCAGCGGAGAUGCCACCUUCCCCAAAGCUAUGGACAACGUGACGGUCCGGCAGGGGGAGAGCGCCACCCUCAGGUGUACCAUAGAUGACCGAGUCACCCGGGUGGCCUGGUUAAACCGUAGCACCAUCCUCUAUGCUGGGAAUGACAAGUGGUCCAUAGACCCUCGUGUGAUCAUCCUGGUCAACACUCCAACCCAGUACAGCAUCAUGAUCCAGAACGUGGAUGUGUAUGACGAAGGCCCGUACACCUGCUCUGUGCAGACAGACAACCACCCUAAAACUUCCCGGGUCCACCUCAUAGUGCAAGUUCCUCCCCAGAUCAUGAAUAUCUCCUCAGACAUCACUGUGAAUGAGGGAAGCAGUGUGACCUUGCUGUGUCUUGCUAUUGGCAGACCAGAGCCAACUGUGACAUGGAGACACCUGUCAGUCAAGGAAGGCCAGGGCUUUGUGAGUGAGGAUGAAUACCUGGAAAUCUCUGACAUCAAACGUGACCAGUCUGGGGAGUAUGAAUGCAGUGCCCUGAAUGAUGUCGCCGCACCUGAUGUGCGGAAAGUAAAAAUCACUGUAAACUACCCUCCCUAUAUCUCAAAAGCCAAGAACACUGGUGUGUCCGUUGGUCAGAAAGGUAUCUUGAGCUGUGAAGCCUCUGCAGUGCCUAUGGCUGAAUUCCAGUGGUUCAAGGAAGACACCAGGCUAGCCACCGGCCUGGGCAGCGUGAGGAUUGAGAACAAAGGCCGCAUAUCCACUCUGACUUUCUUCAAUGUUUCAGAAAAGGAUUAUGGGAACUAUACUUGUGUGGCCACAAACAAGCUUGGGAACACCAACGCUAGCAUCACACUGUAUGAAAUAAGCCCCUCAUCAGCAGUGGCAGGGCCUGGAGCAGUCAUUGAUGGUGUAAACUCGGCUUCUAGAGCACUGGCUUGUCUCUGGCUAUCAGGGACCCUCUUUGCCCACUUCUUCAUCAAGUUUUGAUAAGAAAUCAUAGGUCCUCUGAGCAACGCCUGCUUCUCCAUAUCACAGACUUUAAUCUACACUGCGGAGGGCAAACCAGUUUGGGCUUUUUCUUUGUUUGCUUCUGUUCUUCUUCUUGAUUUCUUUUGGGGGAGUUUGAUUUAUUUGAUUUUUUCCUCUAGUUUGAAUGAGUGGGGUGGGGAGGAGGGGUGGGCAGGGUUCUACCAUGUGUAGGAUAAUCAUUCAUUGGUGUGUCCAAAAAUAGAAUCUGCCCCUGCUACCUUGGCCCUUCCCUUUCCUCUGCUCCUCUCCCCAUCAUCAUCACUACCAACCUCCCCUCCCCCUACACACCAAACCAUAAGCUCCAUUUGGGCAAAAAUGUGCCUCAUGAUAAACACCCUGAAGACACAACUUGACUUAUAAUGUAGUGCACAGCAAGAGUUAUAUCCAAGUGUCCUAUUAUCGGUGUCUUUUAAGCUUUGGAUCAUUUUUCUUAUUAUAGUGUACAUAUCCCUCUCUCCAUGCUUAUUAUUAUCUAAUUACAUUCGGGUUCACAUCCUUUCUUUCUGGGAAGGUAUCUCAAUAUACCCAUGUCCAUACAUAUAUGUAUUUUAUUUUCUUGUCUCCUUCUCUAGCCAUUUUGCCCUAUUUGCUUUCUCUAUCAGCUAUAGAGAUUAGAGGUUUGGGGCUCUGCACACAACCUAAAAGAAAAAAUUAGAAGUCACUUGACCAAAAAAGGGGAAAGCAUUUUGAGGAUAGUACUUCUCUUUAAAAACUGUUGUCUAACUCGUUAAAAAAUAAAAUCCACAGAUGGCUGAUUAUUUAGGGUUUAUCAAGCUAUUGAAGUAAUUAUAUGAUUAUCCAUCUACUCAAUUAUUUGAUUUAUCUCUCCCUCCAAUUAUCUACCCACCCAUCUUCCUCUGUAGCAAUCUAUUUACUCCAUGUAUCAAUCUAUCAAUGUAAUUAUCUAACACUUUCUAUUUCUUUCCCUACUACUCACUAUCAAUUCAUCACCAUAUUAAUUUCUAAUCAUAUCAGGUCUCUUCCAUUUUAUUUGUUUGUACUCUAUCUUCAGCAGACAUUGCAACUUCAAAAAUACCUAUCAACUUUCUUAUGAAAGCCAGUGGUCUUACAGGCUAACAACAUAGACAAGCAAUAUGUCAAGGACUCUUUGGAACGUGGUAUCCUAUCAUCCAAAGUAGAUGCUAUUAACAGAUGGACCAAAGUAGCAAUCUAAGGAUCAGUCACUCACUAUUCCCAGAAGAGACUAUGUUUCCAAAAACAUCUUCUUGGGAAACAUAUCAGCCCUGGAAAAGCCUUGAUCAAUACUGUGGUUUCUUGUUUUGUUUUUAUUUUUGUUUUUGUUUUCAUUUUUUUCCUUUCACACUUGAAGGACCAAGGGGGCAACCUUCAUGUUUUUCUCAGCCUUUCAAGAAAGUGUAUGUCGGGAACCUACGGGACUUACUCCAUGGAUGGCUUUUCUUAAUAGCAAGGACAUAGAGAGGAAACACAUGUCUGUCCCUGCAGUGUGAGGAGAAAAGUCCACCUGAGUGCAAUGAUUUCAGCUAUUGUCUCCUCCCUGCUCCAGUUUUGGUUUAAUCUGUUUGAAAACUAUCCCGUAAAAAGCUGAUGGAAGCCAAUUACAUGGCGGGUGUGUUGACAACUCUGGUAUUUGUUUCAGGAAGCUCUUCUGAGCUGAGGGCACUUGAGCAACUGACUUAAUUUCCAAGCACUUGAUUAACACAACACUGCAAACAGGAGGGGAACGUGUAAAUGACAUACAAUUUCCUCUGAUACAGGCUGCUUCUCUAGUAGCUUUGGGGAAGAAUGCCCUCAGUGGUCCAUGUUCAAAGCAGUUCCAGAAGACAAACAAGAGCUGACCGAACUUUUCUGCAUCAUCUCCUGGGACCAGAAGGACUCGACGAGCAAGGGUGCCCGUAAUCCAGAAGAAUGGUAUUGAAAACCAUGCAAGGUUGCGCCCCUUUUUACCUGUGCCACAAGGGCUGACCUACUAAGAGCAUGAGAAAGAAGCAUCAAUGGUGACUGUCUAACAGACCUGCCCUGCCUCAGUUGAAAAACAUUCAGAUCCACAGUCUAAAUAAAUAUGAGCUUUAUAGAGCUCCAUUACUUUAAUGCUUAAUUGAUCUUCUUCCUCCAAUAUAAACGGUCUCUUUGUUUUGUCCAUAAUGGCACAUGAACAUGACAUACACAGUGGGGGAAUAUAUACUUAGAUAUAAAUACAUGCAUAAAUAGAUACAUAAAUACAAAUGUAGGUAGUCUUGGCAUACAGAAAGCUAGGCACUUUAGUAAGAGUUGGAACUAGUAUGAGUGGAAUUAAUAUUACAUUUGCCAGCUGUAAACAGACAUCUGCAUUUCCUAGUGAGUUGCCAGGAGCCAGAUUCUGGGAACAUAAAUGAUGUGCCAAAAGCAGUGUAUUGAUUCCACGUUCCAGGGACAAUCAUGAGCAGACGCAAAGUCAGAAUUAAAGGUCGGACAUCAAUGUUUCAGAUCUGUCAUCACUUUCAGCACCUGGAGUCGGGUUGGUGUCAGACAUUGGUAUGGGAAUUAAAUGUGUCAUUUGAGUGUUCUACUGAUAAUAAAUGUGUUACUUUCGAGUAAAAUAAACGUGGAGCCUCUGGGGAGUGGAUGGUUUUGGAGAACACAGUGCUUAUAAUGGACAAGCUAAAUACGUUCUUCAGGCCAAGACUUGUUCUUGAGGAAGGGACCCAUCCUUCUUUGACCAGGAAGAUCAUCAGAACCUUUUGAACACAAUAUUGAGGUUGGGUCUCAGAGUAAUUAUGGAACUCUGUGCUGCCCUCUUCCACUGGAUACCAGGAAAAAUUUCUGGUGAUUGCCUAUUCCAGCAAUGUUUCAGAGGGAAAAAAAUCCUACAGUCAAUCCUCAUCUGUCUGAGAUAAAGAAAAUCAAGUAAAUAAGACCAAGGAAACUGGGCAUUAGGAAAGAAAAUGGCUCUUCUUCACUUUAGACAAACUCCAGCCUCUGUGUUGUUUGGGUUAUUUUCAUGGAGAUGGCUCUGUAGAAUAGUAGCCGUCACCCAACAUUUGAAGCACAUAGAGCAUUAAAUGCUUACAAAAGACAAUAUCCACACUCACAUAUGCAUUUUCAACUUCCCAUAUGGAGGGUAGAUCAAUACCCUGCUGGAUAGAUUUUUUUUUUUUUUUUUCCUUCAAGGUGACAAUGGUAGGGAUUGGGGCCUGGGAAAAAAGAAGAUGAACAAAACUCUGAACAACCAUUAACUCUUCAUAGGCUUUCCACAUGGGAAGGAAACCAAAUAAGACUUACCAGGAGAUUAGGUGAGAGAAAUUCAGCAAUGUAGUUACUCUGAAACCUCCCCCCUUUCCCAAAACACAAUUAAUAUAUAUUUCCACCAAAGUAAUGCCAAUGAAAGUGCUAGUGUUAAGGCUAUGGCCAAGAUCGUUUUUUGGUAGUUUAAUGUCAAGUGCCUGAUAUAGUCAUUUGCAAAUCUAAGCAAGUGUGUUUAGUUUUUCUCAUUUUUGUUUUAAGUGGGGGAGAGGAGACGUAUAGGUGAGCAGUGGUCAAAACACACAUUUAUGUUACUCAGAGGGUGUUGUACAUGGCUGUUCUGCAACUGUGCUAGGUGGGACGGAAGGAGAGGUAAGGCUUUGUAUCAAAAAGAGGCCUUAGUCUUUGUCUCCUGAAACCUGUGCCUCAUACUAGUUGAUACAUUCCACAGGUUGGGCAGUUCCUUCUCAAAGUCUGGGAAGGAAGGGCGCUUUGGGACUCCAGAAACUUCACAACUGAGGCUAUCUGUAACAAACUGUUUCUGUAUGGAUCCAGUCAAUUUGAACUCAACAUGGAGGUGUUAGCAAGUUCUACUUAUGUUGGAAGGACUCUUAUGUGAAAGAGCAGAGAACCUCAAAGUGAGCAGUUAGUCUCAAAGAAAGCUUAUUGCAGCCAUUGCAUCAGGAGUGACUGUAAAUGGAAAGCUCUAGUGGUGGUUGGUGCUUCCAGUGCCAAAGGGAAUGUCUUCUCCUCUGGAGUUGUAUAUGGAUGUCAUAAGCCCCAUCAGUAAAAGGAGGGGGGUGAUGGCUGAGGUUGAGGUGGGAUGUAGGGGUUGGGGUCAUCUUUUCCAAUUUGACCCUGAGUCCUCAAUUAGAACCAGCCCAUCUUCCCUCCCCAUUUCCCCCCCUCAAAAAAGCUUUUAAAGUUUAAUCUAUUUGGAAUUGGGGGAAGGGGCAUAAAAUUCAUUUACAAAUUCACCUUUUUAUCUUUUACUCCAAUAGUGAGAAUUUUUUUUUAAUUUCACACAAGCUCUAUUCCUCAGAACUUACACCCAACAGCCUCUUCUACUAUCCAAAGCUUCCCUUUUGAUAUUAAGACAAAUAAGUUUGAGCAGUUGCAGUAAAAUUUCACAGGUGUGUAACUAAGAAAGCAACAUUUUCAAAAGAUACCAUAUGAUGAGAACUCCUAAUGAUCACUAAAAACAAACAAAUAAAAAUGUCAGUCUCAUUUCCCUCAUUUCUUACUUAAGAGAAGAGAAGUAAAUGAAAGGAGGAAGAAAUAGAUUUGCAAUUAAAAGAUGGGGUAGCAAGACAGAGCUGAACCAGUGUAAUUUAGCCUUCAGGUGCAGGAUCCUUGGAGUCCAAAGGAAUGUGGAGUGGACUUAAUUAGGCACCAUUGUCUUCAUCCUGAAAGUAAGCAGCUAAGCCUCAUUUCCAGUAUUUUGAAAUAGCUUCCUUUUUGUUUCUUUCAAUGGUGCCCUUUAAAAGGCAUACAGUUGUUCCAUGCCACUGAGUGAAGAAAGAAAGAUUGUGAACCCUCUACUAUCCUUCUAGGGCCACAUUCUACAUUAUUGGCAGAUUUAUAAGGUUAUCAAUAAUAGCAAUGAUAAGUAAUAAUAGCUGCCCUUGUGUUAGUUAAAGGGAGCAUUUUUAAACAUUCAAAAAUUUUUGUGACAUGUAAAGUGCAGUUGUGAGGAAUGUGUGGGUGUACGAAAAUGUAUCUGUCAAUUUCAGAGUCCUCUAGAUUAAAAAAAAAAAUAUAUGACUUAUCAAUGGUGCCGUUAUAGCUGUGUCAGACAAUGGGUGUGCCCAUUCUCACAAUUAUCCUUAAAACAAAUCUAUGUUCAAAUGCUUUAAAAAAUUAUCACAUGAUAGAAGAGUAUAACUUCUAGAGUUUUUUUCUUUUAUUUUCUUUCUUAUUUUUUCCUUCAAAAAUCAAUGAAGACUUGAUUUCUGUCAAUAAUUGUAUUAAGGGUGAAUAUACUACCUGAAUUUUGUGCAUGUUACAUUGUAGUUGUAACCUUUUCUAAUUCAGGAUGAAUACGAGAUGGUUGUGAUUGUGCAGUGUAUCAAUAAAGUUCAAAGAAAUUUGUAACUUUCA